AUGGCUUUAGCUUGUGAAAAUUUGCUGCUAUGGCAGCAGAAAAUUUCCCUCUUUGAAUGUUGUUUUAUGUUUUUAUUGAAACUCAGCACAAAGCGCUCUGAACCGUUUUUAAAAUUACUUAAGAUUUUCAAACAAAACCUAUUAAAUAUUUGUGGACAGCAUGAAAAUAAUUCGAUGAUGUUCAAAGAUUGA